CAAAGUCCAUAAAAAGGCGGGCGGGGCUUUCCCGAGAGAGAGAGAGAAAGAGAGAGGGCGGGGAAAGAGAAAGCUGAAGGGAGUCCUGUAAUGGCGACGGGUUUGUCAGAUAAUCUGAAACAUCCUACCAUGGUUUGGGAAGUUAAGACUAACCAGAUGCCUAAUGCAGUGCAGAAACUCCUGUUAGUGGUGGACAAGAGAACUUCAAGGAUGAAUGAAUCAUUGGAAUUACUGAAGUGUAAUGAGAACCUCCCAUCUUCUCCUGGAUAUGCAUCUUGUGAUGAGCACAUGGAGCUUGAUGAUCUUCCUGAACUGCAGGCUGUUCACACUGAUUCUACCCCACCUGCACUUUUCCAGCUGAGUGCUGAUGUCUCGCAUCAGGAAUAUUCAAGGCCUUCAUGGAACCAGCAUACCUCAAGCAGCAGUUCAGAAAAUGCUUAUACUUGUGAGAAUGGAGUGAACUGGUUGACAGAAUUGGCAAACAUAGCUACUAGUCCACAGAGUCCUCUAAUGCAGUGCUCUUUUUAUAACAGAUCAUCUCCUGUUCAUCUAAUAGCUACAAGCAAAAGUUUACAUUCCUAUGCACGUCCUCCACCAGAAUCCUCUCAGAGUGACUCUGGUUUUCCUAAGCAUCACAUUGAUGAAACACCUGUCAGACAUGAAAGGACAAAUAGUGAAUCAGAGUCUGGAAUUUUCUGUAUGUCAUCCCUGUCAGAUGACGAUGAUCUAGGAUGGUGCCACUCCUGGCCUCCAACUGUUUGGCAUUGUUUCCUUAAAGGAACACGUUUAUGCUUUCAUAAAGGACGCAACAAGGAAUGGGAGGAUGCUGAAGAUUUUGCUAGGUCCACAGCCUGUCAAAAUGAAAUGGAUGAUUCAGUGAGUACUUACAAAGGAUAUGGUUCUGAUGGUUUGAAGUUGAUAUCCCAUGAAGAAAGUGUUUCAUUUGGCGAGUCAGUUCUAAAAUUGACUUUUGAUCCUGGCACAGUGACAGACGGCUUGCUUACUGUAGAGUGUAGACUAGAUCAUCCUUUCUAUGUUAAAAACAAAGGCUGGUCAUCUUUUUAUCCGAGCCUGACUGUGGUUCAGCAUGGAAUUCCAUGUUGUGAAAUGCACAUUGGAGAUACAUGUCUACCUCCAGGACACCCUGAUGCCAUUAAUUUCGAUGAUUCGGGUGUGUUUGAUACAUUCAAAAGUUAUGAUUUUACACCGAUGGAUUCCUCUGCGGUUUAUGUGCUAAGUAGUAUGGCUCGCCAACGCCGUGCUUCUUUAUCUUGUGGAGGAUCAGGAAGCCAAGACUUUGAAAGAUCCGAAUGCAGUACAAACUGUGGACCUGCUCAGUCAUCACAGAUUUCACCCAAUUCUUUGUAUAGUAAAGCCAGCAAAAGCCACAGCUCAGGGACUGCAAGUACUGUGAAUGCCACUUCUCCCAACAAAUGCAAAAGACCAAUGAAUGCCUUCAUGCUUUUUGCCAAAAAGUACAGAGUAGAAUAUACUCAGAUGUAUCCAGGGAAAGAUAACAGAGCCAUAAGUGUGAUACUUGGUGACAGGUGGAAAAAAAUGAAAAAUGAAGAAAGGCGGAUGUACACAUUAGAAGCCAAGGCCUUGGCUGAAGAACAAAAACGUUUAAAUCCCGACUGCUGGAAACGGAAACGAACAAAUUCAGGUUCACAAUAACAUUAGAUCGGAAUUCUUCUACAAAUACAUAGUGGAAGAAGACUUGAUGAUCAAGAAUUCAUGAUUUGUUGUGAAGGUGCGACCAUAAAAUACUGGCAGCAUUGAGUUGUUAGGAAUGAGAAUUUGCUUAUUACAGUAGAGCAUUAAGAAAGCUAAAAACUAUCAGCAUUUAAAAACCAAAUUGCCUUAUUUUUCUUCCAAACUACAUAUAUGUCUAUCAGGUGUAAUAGGCUUGAAAAUGGAUAUCCUGUGGUGCUAAAGAAUAGUAGGAAGAGGAGCUUUGUAUAAAUGUUUAUUUUUAAGAAAAAAUGCAAAAAAGGGGAAUUUUAAAUAUGUAACCUGUUUAUACAUUGAUUCUUAUUGCUGAUUAAUAUGUAUUGCACAAACUAUGUAAUUAACUACAAAUCUGGGAGCUGGGAUUUUCUGACAUAAUAUAUGAACUUCUCGUUUGCCCAGUGCCAACAAGUUACCAGAAUGUGUGGCUAAGUGGAUAGGAAAUGUAUAUACUAUAUGUAGCAAAAUUGUUAUCUUUUUGGGAAGAUAACACAUUUAUAAAUUAUUUGAGGUGUGAUCUCUUCCCAGCAAGAAUAAAAAGGAUUGCAGAAUUGCCAGGGCUCUUGAUAAAGGCCCAGGGAUUACUUGCAUUAUCCCAAAAGAAUGGUGCUUCUUCUUGUGGUGUCACCAUUUUAUUCUUAAAGGGGUUUUUUUUGCCGGGGGGGGGGGAGACGGGUGUUCCUAUGCUGCAUAUUUUAAAGAUUUUAUUUUGACAUAAGACAUCUUUUAUGGUGGGGACAAACUUUGCACUUACUGUAGGUGCAACAUUUGCACUUUACUGUUUCCCCUCCAUCUAUCUAAAAGUAGAGGAAAUAUGUUAGAUUUAUGGCUACUUUUGCUGUGAACAUUACAACAUAGCUUUUAAUGUUACUAAAGAAAGAGUGUGUUUCUGUUUAAGAAUCACAACAAUAAAUUUCAGCACCUGACAUGUCUAUGAUGUUGCUCCUAUGAUUUUGCACACUAUAUUCAUGUAUUUCAAAUAAAUUUGUAAAAUGUA